AUGAAGCUUUUGAAAAUUGCACUAUUACUAGGUACAGCGUACUAUCUGUUGAACAGUUUACUAUAUACCUGGUUGCCAACCAACUACAUUUUUGAUGCAAAGACAUUGAACGAGAUAUCCAAUUCUGUUAUCAGCAAAUAUGACGCUGAAUCCGAAACAUUCGAUGUUAAGGUGAUGCUAAAAGAUUUAAGAGAUGCAUUGGCCAAACAUUACGGUGAUGACUAUAUCAACCAAUGGGUUGAUGAAGAAUGGGUGUUCAACAAUGCUGGUGGUGCCAUGGGUCAAAUGAUUAUCUUGCAUGCUAGUAUCAGCGAGUAUUUGAUUAUUUUCGGUAGUGCCGUUGGUACUGAAGGUCACACCGGUGUACACUUUGCUGAUGACCAUUUCACCAUUCUUUACGGUGAACAGAGGGCCAGUUUGCCAUAUAACAUGGAACCUGAAAUUUACAAACCAGGUCAAACUCAUCACUUGAAAAAAGGUUAUGCCAAGCAAUAUUCCAUGCCAAGCGGAUCCUUUGCUUUGGAAUUGGCCCAGGGAUGGAUUCCAGCCAUGCUACCAUUUGGAUUCCUCGACACUUUCUCAAGUACCUUAGACAUCUACACCUUAUACAGAACGGUGUAUUUGACUGCAAGAGAUAUGAUCAAGAAUUUGAUCCAAAAUCACAAGUUUUGA